AGAACCCAGUCUUCAGAUGUACUUCCUGGAUUUCCGUGCAGAGUCGGUGAAACUGAGGCAGUUCUGUAGUCUGAACAAGAUACACUGAAAGCAAAACACAGCAAGGGACACGUUAACUAUGCUUCCGCACAACGAAAUCGUUAUUGGACAUCGCUAAGAUAGAUAUCCAGAUAGCCAGUGAAUAGACGCAAACGCUAACAAAACAUUACCGUGUGGCUAUUUUCCAGACUCGGACAGCAAUCAAGCCGGCUAGAGAGCUGUCGAGAUGCUGUAACCAUGGACAGCAGAAUAAACGAGAAUCCAGAGAAAACAUUUGAUCUGGUACUACAGGUGGAAUGUCCUACAUCUGAAAAUGAAGAUCCAGCGGUGUUGUGGAAGUUCCCCCAGGACUUCGGAGACCAGGAGGUGCUGCAGACCGUGCCCAAGUUCUGCUUCCCCUUUGACGUGGAGAGAGUUUCGCAGAAUCAGGUGGGCCAGAACUUCACGUUUGUGCUGACGGACAUCGAGAGCAAGCAGAGGUUCGGCUUCUGCCGGCUCACCUCCGGCUGCAGGCUGUGCAUUUGCCUUAUCAGUUAUCUCCCAUGGUUCGAGAUUUACUAUAAGCUGCUAAACACUCUGGCAGACUACUUGGCAAAACACCAGGAAAAUGACUUGAACGACAUGCUAGGAUCGCUGUACGGCCACCCGGUGCCGAAGCCGGACACCGCCGUCAGCCUGAGCGUGAAUGAGCGGUUUCAUAUUGCCACUGGGCAAGUUGUGAAAGAUCCGCAAAGCCAGAAGCCGCACUCAUACUUCAUAGCUCCUGAUGUUAACGGGAUCCCCACCAUUCCCGAAAGUAGAAAUCUGACUGAAUACUUUGUUGCUGUGGAUGUGACCAACAUGUUGCAUCUCUACGCCAGCAUGCUGCAUGAACGACGCAUCAUUAUUACCUCAAGCAAGCUUAGCACUUUAACUGCAUGUGUUCACGGGUCCGCCGCCAUGCUGUAUCCAAUGUACUGGCAACACAUUUUCAUCCCCGUGCUUCCUCCUCACCUCCUGGACUACUGCUGUGCCCCCAUGCCAUAUGUCAUCGGAGUACAUCUCAGUUUAUUAGAGAGGGUAAAGAGCAGGUCGCUGGAAGACGUGGUCAUCCUAAACGUCGACACGAACACUCUGGAAAGCCCUUCGGACGACCUGCAGAACCUGCCCGGCGACGUGGUCUCGGGCCUGAAAGGCAAGCUGAAGAAGCAGUCCACGGCCACGGGCAGCGGCGUCGCCCGGGCCUUCCUGCGCACCCAGGCCGCCCUGUUCGGAUCCUACCGAGACGCCUUGAGAUACCGGCCUGGAGAGCCAAUCACGUUUUGCGAGGAAAGCUUUGUGGCUCACCGGUCUAGCACUAUGAGGUGCUUCCUCGAAAUGGCUGUGAACCUCCAGCUCUUCAAACAGUUCAUUGAAGGCAGACUGGCAAAAUUAAAUGCGGGAAGGGGCUUCACAGACGUCUUUGAGGAGGAAAUCACAGAGGGGGGUUUCUGUGGAAGUAAUUCAAGGACAUACCAACAAUGGAUGCAUACAGUAAAGAAAGGAGGUGCAUUAAUUAACACUGCGGUGACCAAGGCCAGUCCAGCAGUGAAAACCGCCUACAAAUUUGCCAAAAGCCAUGCCAAGCAAGGAAUCAAGGAAAUGAAGAGCAGGUUGAAACAAAAGGAGGCGGAGGACGAGGACGGGCCGGUCUGCGCCGGGUCCCCCACCAGCACCAAAAGCCUCUCGCCGAAGCGGCUGCAGAAGAGGAGGAAGUAUCGUUACACAAACACCUCCACGAACAUGGGAUGCCCCGACUUUGUCAUAGACGACGAUGAGCUGGACACGGCAAGCAAGAUCUCCUCGGAGGACAGCGGGGACGUCCCGUCCUUCACGGAGGACAGCGACGGGUCGUACGAGCUGGAGGCGGACUCUCAGGCCCCCGGGCAGAUGAACCUGCUGGAGGAGAUCCUGGACACGCUCAGCACCACCAGCACCGAGCAGGGCAGGCUCUCCACCGCCAAGAGCCUGGACUUCUUCAGGUCCAUGGACGAGCUGGACUACAAGACCACGAACAAGCCCACCCCUCCCCGGGGCGGAGACCCGUCGCAGGGGUCAGACGAGCAGAUGAGCUGGAACAUGGGGCAGGACGACAGCGCCCUCCACGGGAAGCACCUGCCCCCUUCCCCCCGCAGACAGAGCGUCAAGGCGCCCUGCGCCCCCCCGUGCGCGGUCGCCCGCAGCAACGACGUGGCUCCGCCCCCCCGCGACGCCCCCGCCACUCUGGAGCCCCCCGACGGCCCCCAGGCUCAGCCGGCCAGCGCCCUCCGCAGGAGGCCGGUGUCCAAGCGGCCUUCCCGUCAGGACCGGCCUCGCCAGCCCUCCAUGCUGGUCCCCUGGGAGAAGGAGAGCGCCGGGCCUGGGGCGGAGGCCCCGGGGGGGGAGGCCCAGGGGGAGAUCGAGUCCGUGUACCACCUCAGCUCGGCGCUCCACGCCGGACUCAAGCUGUCUGAGGUCAGCAGCGGGGCCUCAGACAAGUCCUGAUCCCAGAGUGAGAGAGAGAGAGACCUGCUCGCCGGGCACAGGAAAUGAGCUCAUUUUAUGCACAUCUCCGUAAUCCUUUUAUUAUCUCCUUUUCAUGUUCUCCAGCCCUAGAGGAAUUACUGCUUCCUUUUCGUGGAUUUAACUGAGUCCCACAUGGUAAACAUCGCCGCAGACGUCAUAGAAUAAGGCCUUCUUAUUCCUUAUCCUGAAAUAGGAACAUUUUGAAUGUGCCCUUAAUUUAUAUAAAACAAUCACCAGUACUUUUCGGGGAUAGGAAAGGUUGCACGUCAAAGGGAAAUGUUAUUGUAAUUCACAAAAGCCAUCAGUGUGUGCAGUUCUACAUGGGUCAGAAGGGAUUUCGUUGUUUUUCUUUGCUCAUCGUCUAACCGUAAACUGUCGUAUUCGUUUUUUCAUCAUCGCAUUUCGUGUUAAUCUUUAACUGAAUUGCACUCGUGGAAAAUGAGAACACUUAUCACUUUAAAGCGGUACAGAUAUAUCACUGUGUUAAAAUGAACAAUCAAGAAGUUUUUUUUUUUCUCCAGAUCAAUGUAUUUUAUUAGCCUAAAGUAUAAAAGAAAUAAAAACCUGGCUGUUGAAUCUUAUACCAAAUCUUGAAAGCCCUCACUGUACAGACACGCAAUGCGAUGCCUUAAACAGAGCUCUGAUUCUCUCCACCGCGCAGUGUCAAUAUGCAGUUCUCAACACGCUUUGAUUGGCACUGAAAAAACCUGUAGCGCAUUUCCUCAAAUGGAGAUGUGUACGGUGACGCUGGCUUCCCCGUAGAUUUUUGUUUUAGAGAUAUUUUUGUAGCGCACACAGGAAACGCUCGCUUUAUUUUUUACAUGGGAUCUUCAGAGGUGUUUCUCAGGUUGCACUUCUCUGGCGGCGCUGCAGCACGUUAGGUUAGCGCGCGUACAGGGAGGAGUGGAGACGUGUAAACGCGCACCGGGCGACUCGUCUCAGCGCGGAUCUUCGCUCGCGCCUCUCCGGCGCACCUUUCCGUUUCCUUUAUGACGGGUCUCGCGCUUUUAAAAUGGAGGCUAGCGAGUGUAGCUCCCGAAGCGAAGAGCAGCUCGCUUUUAUGCAACUUCUUUGUGUCGCCGAGCCGCUGAGGGGUUUAUUGUUUAACGCGUCUGUCUGGUAAAAGCGCACCCCAGAGACCGUUUCCCAGGAGCUGUAGUGAACAGCAAAACGCAAGCUGCAUCAUUUUAUGAGGUAACAAAAAAAAAAGCACUGUGUAUUAUUCAAGUGCUUGAACUUAAUGCAUUGAGCAAUACAAUAUAUAGGGACAAAAGCUCUGUGUUGACAUAAAUGGUGUUUUUGAAAAUGGAGAAUCUCCUAUGGAGAUCAUGCAGCCUACAAUAAUAUUCACUGAUUGUGGUUAUUGUGGUGCCAUGUAGAAACAAAAGAUGUUUGCUUGCCUUGUCUGUUUAAUUUGGGGUGUAAUGCCCAUAUUUUUAUUGAUUUAUGUUACAGUACAUUUUAUAAGCCUCUUAAAUUGUGCUUUCUGCCUGUACAGUGUUUAUUGGUAACAGAGUCAUGAUCAUAUUACUAUGGUCAUUACCAUAACUAAUACAAACUCUUAUCUGUUCUCUUCAUAUUAAUAUUGUAUUACUAUGACUUACACAAUAACAAAAGUUUAUGUUGCUGUGGUCACUUUAGGUCAUUUUAAUGUAUGCAAAACGUGAAUGAAUUUUGGAUUAGCAGCAGGCUACAAAACCAUCUGACAAUCUAAUUAUUUGAAAAAAGGAAAAAAUGGUAGUUUUCUCAACAUCAAAUCAUUGAGUGUACAAUUUAAGACAAAUUCCAUCUCAUCAGUGUUCUAACCAGUCGGACUCUGCCAUUGAUUCUGCCAUUGUAGCUACACUAAGCCAAGAUGUGUAAUAAUGUAUCUUGAACCUCCUGCAUGCAUUGAGUGUUCCAAUCGUGUAUGCAUAUGCGGGCCAGGAAUAUUGUAUUUUGUGAUACAGUACUAAUUAGUGUUGGGGAAUUGACAUUAAUGACUUCCAUACUAUGUUAAACAAACAUCAUCCAUUUUGUUGAUGUAACAACUGAAGGGUUCAGGUUGAUCGUUUUUAACCAUAUGCAUUAUUUAUGGAAAUCACUUGCUUCUUGUUCCUGCCAUUCCAAUCCAAGUCAAAUGAUUAAAUAUUGCAUCAAACCACACUCAUUUGAAAUCAGGGGAAGUACGGUACGCUUGAUUCUGCCAUUUCAGCAUUUUUAAAUUCUAAUUUAUUUGGAUAAUAUUUAGCAUUUUGUAUUAUUAGAAUCUUUUUUGCUACACUAAUAAUUUGCUAUUGCAAUCAUAAGUUUGUCUAAACUGGUAACUGACUCCAUUGCAUUGCUGUGUUCAAGUGUUGAGUGUUUGAUGCUUGCGUCAAGAAAGGUCUUCACAAAAUAGUCUUCUUUUUAGCAAGUACUGUAAAAUGUUAUUCACAGUCUCUUAUUGUGUCUGUGAUUUUGAAUUCAAGGCUCAAGGUUGUGCCUUGUUUAGCCUAAAUGCUUACAUUGAUCCACAAACAAUGGCCAGAAAUGACAAAAUAUAGUUAGUAAAAUGCAUUAAUUCAACGAGAAUGCAAAUAAAAAUCAGUAUGUAUUUUUUUAUGCUUAAUAAGAGUAGUGGGUAAAUCAGGUUAUUAAAUGUAAAGCAACCUGUUACUCAACCCUUUCAUUGUCAUUUAUCAUUCUGGUACUUGAGAGAGGUACUUAAAAAUAUCUGUCUCAUAAACAAUGAUAAGUGAAUGUUGUUCUUUUUCAAUACUUGUUUUAUUUUAAAGCAGAACGACACUAGAUCAAGCAACUAGGAGUAACGUUACAUAUAUUUUGGUAUUCUAAAAUACAUACUUGUUACUACUGGUACAGUGUCUUUUUCCAGCAUCAUGGAAUUUAAUGUUUUAUGGUGUUCUUUACUGUAACUCAAGCAUUAAUCAUUCUCAAAAUAUGCUAGAGCUAGUUAAAAAUGUUGUUGGUUAGUAGGGACUGUUUACAUGGAAAUCCACAACAAAUGGCUUUGCCAUUUAUAUGAAUACAAAUGUAUUUUUAACUUAUUUUUUCUGUUGCAGAUAAACCUGAAAGGGUUUUCAAUAGUACAUUCUCUUCAAUAUUUCUUUGGCUUCAUCCACUAAUGAAUUUGAAUGACUGAAAUUAAUUUCCACAAUUGCCUUGCUUAAUUAGGGGAUUAAAAAGACGUAAUCUUUACAUUUUUAAAAUAAUCCAUACAUGCAUUUGCUUGCAUUAUUGCUUUUUGAGGGUUCUGUUAAUGUAUCUACUUACUGAGUGUUUAAUAAAGACACAAACAGUUGAUGAUUUUUAGAAUUGUUAAAGUGGCCAUGUACUUCUGUACUUGUCAACUCUUUUCUCGGUAUAUUUUCAUGAUUUCUGCUUCAGUUGUUAGCAGAAUUAACACAGGAUCCCUCGAGAUCCUUGUUUUAAAGUGACUGCCUCCAUUGUUGUAAGCGAUGUAAUGAAGUCUUGCUUCCUCUGGAUAUUCCCAUGUCUAGUUAGGCACAUUAAUAAGACAGGUCUGUUCUCGGAGAGCGAGAGAGCAUGUGAUGUACAUAGCAAGUGAUAGCCACUGUUUUUAAACAUCACAUAAGGAAGCUCAACCUUCAUUCUCAUUUAAACAAUGCAAUCAAAGAGUGUCAAACGAAUCAUUUAAUAAAAACAUGAUUUAGCUUUUUACAUUUUUUUUUCUACUGUUAACUGUUAUUUUGGGGCUUAAUGAUGGUACGUCAUUCUUUAGUUUUUUAUUUUUUAAAUUAAUGAUGAAGUUACUGCUGUGUCUUGAGAAUUGUCCUCAUUGCAAGUAGGAACGCUGACUCAAAGCCAACUGAGCAAGUACUGUACCAUUAGAGUACAAUGCAGAGGUACAAAUAAAUGGAAUAAGUAACACUGUGAGUCCUUAUGACCUACUGAUCAAUGUAUGCAAAGCGGAGAGUGCCACAUUUUAUUUUGAUAUGAAAGAGAAAAAGUAAUAUGACAAUGGUCAGGGCAUACCAUGCAAUUCAUUUUAUUUUACCAUUCAUUUUAGAGCAAUACUAUGGCUGUACAUCAAUUUAGAUUUUAAAAGAAGUCAAAUUUUUCACAGAUAACACCAGUCUUUUAAUUGUAUACUGUAACUAUCUGAAGUGAAAGUAUUCAGCUGGUCUAAAUUACCAUGUGUGUUUACACUUGCAUGUUCUCAAUGCAGAAAUUGUGUUUAAAAAAUAAAAAUGGUUCAGUCAUUCUAAUGUGUUGAGUGAAUGGUACAACAAUAUGAAUCUUGGAUAUUCACACUGUGAACUUAAAAUAAAUUAUGGAUGUUUAUGUAA